AUGUAUGUUAGGAUUGGCAGGAUAAACAAAAUAGUCAACAGACACGACCUUCACAAGAUAUUCACAUUCACUAGACCUAUCUAUAAGUCAAUAGAAUGUUCUUCGGGCAUUCAGCUAUACUUUUAUAGCACGUUGCACGAAAUUGUGAUGGCACAACAACUUAACAACGAAAAUUUAAUUGAACGCUUGGAGGUCUGCUUCAUCGAGUAUACGUUAGAGGAGGAGCUCUGCCUAUCCAUCUCCUCCUCUAGGCCUUCCUGCUGUUUGUAUGCCAUUUGCGAUGGAGAUGUUUGUAUAGAUAUGAUCCAGAGGUUCUUCGGAUCUCCUAUUAAAUGUUACUUGAGGACUGGGAGAUCCAAAGAAAGAUAUCUUGUCGAGUUUAAGGAGCAAGUGGAGGUAAGAAAGCCUGAUUUCAUGAGGUGCACACUUUCCUUUGAGGAUUAUAUAGACUACAUAGUGAGGGCCGGUAUUUAUGAUUACAAAUAA